AUGCAAUCCCCCAAUCGAACCCGGGAGGACUCCAGCUUUAGAUCCAGCUCCAUUCGGAACAAACACGAAACGCCGCCAGAAAAGUUCAAGUCGGCCGGCUAAAGAAAUUUACAAGUGUUAAAUGUCGAACGCUUUUUGGCAGUAAGGGGAAAUGCGUGCUGGCCGGCAUUCGACACGAAGGCAACGCGGAAACGGUGGACAAAUGAACCCCAGGUUGCUCAAUGCACUUGGAGAAAAUUAUAG